AUACUCCGGCUAGUGAUAUUUAUAGUUUUUCUAUGAUUAUGUGGGAAUUUACAUCUGGAGUACCACCAUUUAAUAAUAGAGCACAUGAUCUUCAACUUAGCUUAAGUAUAUGUAAAGGGGAACGUCCUGAAAUUAUUGAAAAUACUCCCCAAUGUUUAGAUUUGAUGAAAAAGUGUUGGAAUGAAGAUUCAUUAAAAAGACCAUCUUCUGAUGAAGUUUUUGAUAUUAUUGAAAAAUGGAUUAUUCUUCCUAAUGGAAAGAAAGCUGAAGAUACUGAUGAUGAAUUAAAAUGCAAUGUUAUGGAAUUUAUAAAUGCACCAAUUGGGCAUAAUAAUUUUGCUA